UGUUUUAAUUUGCAGGCCAAAUUUAUUUGGGCGAUUCCAAAUCGUGAGGACUUCAGGCGUAACGAGAGCGUCUUGAAAGCGCAAGCCUUCAUCUGUUUUCAUCGUCAAAACUUCAAAGAACUCUAUCGUAUACUGGAAACAAAUCAAUUCUCACCAGAAAAUCAUGCUGAACUACAGGACUUAUGGCUUCGGGCGCACUACUCAGAGGCUGAGAAAAUUCGUGGACGUGAGCUGGGAGCGGUUGGAAAGUAUCGUAUCCGAAGGAAAUUUCCAUUACCGAGGACAAUUUGGGACGGUGAAGAAACCAGCUACUGCUUCCGAGUGAGUGCAUUCACAUCAAAUAUCCGUUCUGUUGCAUCCAUUUGA